AUGCCGGGAACUGGUUGUGCAGAUUUUGCAAUCUUCCGUUCAUUUUUGGUAGUUCCUCAAAUUAUAGAUAUUCUUUGCAAUUCUACAACUGCGUUAGAACCAAAUGCCAGCCCGAAAGUUACUUCUGUCCCAACUGGAAGAAACGAAUUAGUGGAAUUUAUAAACACAGUGCUGAGUGUUGCCAAGCCCAAACUCACUCUUGAAGCCUUAAUUGGAGACAUAUCCCUAGACCAUAUUGCUGAAUACGAAGAAGGUGUCAAAACAGGUGAUCAAGAUUUAAACAUCACUCAACUUUUAAAAAAAUAUGGUUACAAAUCCGAGACGCAUUAUGUGACAACCAGAGAUGGAUAUAUUCUGAAGAUAUUUAGGAUUCCAAGUAACGGUACCAUCGUGUACUUGGAGCAUGGAUUUUUAUCAAAUUCUGAUGAUUGGGUGGUGACAGGACCUGACACUGGGUUAGCGUACUUGCUAGCAGAUGCAGGAUAUGAUGUGUGGAUAGGCAAUGCUCGUGGAAACAAGCACUGUCAACAACAUGUAAGGUUAUCGCCUGAUGAUGAAGCGUUCUGGAACUUCAGUUGGGAUGAAAUAGGAAGAUACGACCUGCCAGCGGUGAUAGACUACAUAUUGGAGUUAAACGAAAAGCCAAAUCUCAUAUAUAUCGGGCAUUCUCAGGGUACAACGGCCUUCUUCGUCCUUUGCUCUGAGUUGCCAGAAUAUAACAAGAAGAUAUCCUUUAUGGUCGCUUUGGCUCCAGUCGCCUGGAUGUCUCACACCACCAGUCCUCUAUUCCAGUAUCUUGCCCCUUUCGCUCAAGAUGACAACUCCAUAAUGCGGAAGGUUUUAGGGCCAUCAAUAUCACAUAACGACCCACUUACAGCCGUGCUUAAAGCUGUUUUCUGCAACGGGAAUAUCAUAAAAAACAUCCUUUGUAACAAUAUAAUGUUUCUCUUCAUGGGAUUCGAUAAUGCCCAGUUGAAUUAUAGAGCUCUGGCUACGAUCAAUAAUCACUCUCCUGGUGGUGCAGCUACUAAGCAACUUGAGCACUUCGCGCAGAGCAUAGAAUCUGGAUAUUUUCGAAGAUUCGAUUAUAAACUGGACAAUGUAGAAAUGUAUGGAUAUAGAGAGCCGCCCCGUUAUGAAGUGGAGAAGAUAACAGUGCCGAUGGCAAUAUUCCAUGCACUUGCGGAUUGGGUGGCUGAUCGGCAAGAUUUGGAGAUACUCAUGGCCAAACUCAGGAAUCAUUUCACGUUCCAUAUUGUACCUUAUGAGAAUUUCGCUCAUCUGGACUUCUUGUACGCACGAGAUGUAGCGAAACUGGUUUAUCGUGAUGUUUUGCAGUUGCUGAAAGGUUUUACCAGUUUUACAGAAAAAUAG